AUCUGAGUGUAUGAAACCCACUCGAACCUGAUGGCGUGCUACUACAUUGUGAUCAGUUCCACCCACCUGCGUGACGGACAGCUGAGGAGCAUCAAGGGGGUGUUCAGAGGACCAAUAGGAGCCAGCGGACAGAGAAACACGGAGGAAGGGGACUCCAGUUUCUACUGCGAGCUCUGCGAUAAGCAGUACGUGAGACACCAACAGUACGACAACCACAUCAACUCCCACGACCACCACCACAAGCAGCGCCUCAAGGAGCUGAAGCAGAGGGAGUUUUACAGAGCGCUGGCCUGCAGGAGGCAGAGGAGGCGCAGGGAGGAGGUGAGAGAGGAGCGAGCGCUGAGGAGGCUCCACAAGCAUGAAGAGAGGAGGACGGGGGAUUGUGCUCCAGGUUCUGGUCCCAUGUUCCGGUCCACCACGGUGGCGGUCGACCCGUCAAACCAGACCAGACCGGACUUCGUGCAGAACUGGGGCGACGUCCAUCCGAGCGGCGCCGCGCUGGGACCAAAGCCUCAAACCCCGCUGAUCCAGCCCUUCCUCCCACUGGACCCCGCACUGGAAACCAGUCUCCUGGGCAACGCGCAGUGGCCGUACGACCCGACGGACGCCAACAGCACCACGACGACGACCACUGAAUCCUGCAUCCUCAACAACGACAUGACCACCAAAACCAGGCACUUUAACAAGAUCCCCUGGGCUCAUAAUUACUCAAGCAACCCCAUUAUGACCAAUAACAUCCCCACCACCACUAAUGGCUCCAUUUUCAACAAAAACUUCAGCAAGGAAAUCACCACCGGUAACGCAGCAGACAUCAACACUAGCAGAGCAGACGUCCAGUCCGUACGCGGCAGACUCCGCCCCGUGUCCUUUUCGCUGCCCAAAAGGAGCUGCGUCCUCCUCCACCAAUCAGCCGCCGUCUUCAUCCAAGCCUCGGGGAAGCAAGAAGGCGUGACGGCGCAAGAGAGAGUCAAAGACGUGGGGGAGAAAGUCGCAGAUCAGCAGCUCAAAUCUCCAGUAUCUGUGGACGCUGUAGGUGUGGAUCACUGGGGGGACACUGGAAACCAGUGCAGUGGGGACAUUAAAAGUGCAAUCCAGCACUCUGAGGCUGGAGCCAAUAUGUCUAUUGUCUCUGGGACCGAAGCCCAGGUUUCUUUAUGUAAUCGCAAUGUGAUCAGAGUCGAGGACUCUGUUAUCAGCGGGAAUGGAGGCCAGCUCUCCUUAUGUAAUGACAAUGGGACUGGAGCCCGAGUCGGCGGUGAGACCGGGACUGGAGCUCAUCUUUAUUUAAACAGUGUUAGCACAGUUGUGGCUAAAGAUUCAGUGCGUAGAGACAGCGAGGCUGAAACCCAUGACGAUGACGAGGUGAAAGAUUUGCUUUGUCCUGCAACAAAUCAGCCUCAAAAAUCAGUUUUACAUGAGACCAAAGAGUCUUCAAUCCAGCCCAAAGAAUCAAACGGCGCUAAAGACGCAACUUCUUCGCCUCCAAAUCGUCCCAAAGAGCCGUUUUGUCGAGUCCUGAGCCGAGACGGCAGCCGGGUUCUUCUAUGGCCGUCGGAGAUGGUCAGCUACACCAAGACGUCGCCCUCCAUCUCCUUCAGCAUCAACCCUCUACUGUACGACUUCAGAGCACACAACAAGGCCAAGGAAGGGGGCGAGGAGAAGAAAGGAGGGCGGGAGGGAAUAAAGCCGCCUGUGAUCAAACAACCCGACUGCCAACGGAGGCAGGAAGUUAUGGAGGGAGGAAGGGAGCUGAAGAUAGAUGAAAGGGAAGAAGAGGAUGAGGCAGGAAAUCCUAUAGCCCAUUGUAGCGGCGGUGGUGACGGUGCUCCGGACCGCUGCGGCUGCCGUGAUGAAAGCGCUUUAAAAUUCGUUCCCGCAGAAUGCCACCUUGCACCGACGCCAGGCCUUCAGAAAACAGGCAGGAGGAGGAGGAGGAAGAGGAGGGGAGGAGUGAGGAGAGGAAUGAGGAAGAGGGGGAGGAGGAAAAGAGGAGAGGAGACGGAUAGAAAAGACUCAGAAAGGGGAAGGAGGAUAAUAAGCGGCGUUUCUGUGAAUCAGAUGUUUGAAGGCGAGAGGUUGAAAAGAGAGGGCGCCGAGAAAGAGGAGCGCAGAGAAAAGGGGCUAUUAAGUAAUCUGGCGGUGCAUCGGCUGGUGGGAGGGAGAGAGAGGAAGAUGAGGGGAGAAGAGAGGAGGAUAAGAGGAGAUCAGCCGGAGCGAGAGAGGGUAGGUAGAAAUGACGAGAAGCGAGGAGAGCUAUUAAGUAAUCUUCCUGUGAAUCGGUGUAAUCGGUGUAACCAGCUGUGUGUGCAGGUGAAGAGGGAGGCCAGCCAGCAUCAAUCCCAGCAAUCAGCCUCCGGGUGGGGCCACGGGCUCAGAAAGCUCCUCUGUAGGGGUGCAGCAUGUAACUCACUGAUUAGCCCCGUCCCCGGGUCUGUAACAGAGACGCCACGCUGCCCUGCAAUUACGCCCGACCCUGCUCAGAACGACAGAGAGAUACACAAAAAUACAGGGAGGCAGGAAGGGCAGAGAGAUGAGGAGCGGAGGAAUCCGAGGAGGACGGAGAUAAUAGGAGAAGACGCGUUUAACCUCGUGGUUUCUUCUCCCUGUCGAGGAACAUCACGCGAGCUGCAAAUUUGUCUUGUUCCUGCGCCUCGCAGGGAAACAGCGUGCGAUCCGGCGAUUAGCCUCGUCCCCACUCCCUUUAGAGAAACAGCGUGCAGUCAAAGACAAACAAUACCGGCAGGACACAGCCGCCCUGCGUCGGGCCUGGCGCCACGCUGCUCCGCACAACAGACAGGAAUCAGAUCAGCCGGCGCAGACGUGACCCUCCCCAGCAAUGCCAUGUCAAAGGAAGCGAUGUCGAAGAGAGCAGCCGCCAAGAGGAAGACGGCACCGCCCGAGGCCGGGGAAACGCCGAGGAAGAAACGGAAAAGGGGAAGGAGGCAAGCGAGGCGAGCCGUGUGUGAUCCGAGACAGGAAGGAGCUUGUGUCGGGUCGACCGCUGACCUCGGCGUGGAGACUGGGACAAUCCUGUGCGGUCCAGACGGCAACGGGACGGAGAAAAACUGCCACUUAGUCUGCAGGACAAAACACAGCGUGUGUCAUAAAACGAAUAACAGUGAGCCGGACAACUACUGCCGCUGUGAUGACAGUAACGGCGGCAACGGCGACGCCUGUGCAGGCGAGGGAAAGAGGAAGUGCCGGACUGACUGUGACACAACAAGCGACCACAGUCAGUGUGAUAAAAAACACGAUGACGCUACUCGUGACAAUCCUGACGACAAUCCAAGCUGUGGCGAGACGGACAAAGACGAGGGUCGCUCUCCUGAUCACGUAGACAAACCUACCUGCAACACCGCGGACACACCUGUGGACUUCUGUACCUGUAGCGUGGACGCUGACCGCUGUCAGUGUGAAAACAAGAGUGAAAACGUGUCCUCUGAUACUGAUAAAACCACUGAUGUUUGUGAGGAAGCUGCAGCUCAGAGAUCAGAGUGUAACGACGGCUGUAACUGUAAAACCAAUGACGCAUGUUAUCACAAUUGUGAUUACAACAACACACAUAACAAAAGUGGGCUGAAUGAGGAGGUUGAAACCAAACCGCCGAGUCACAUCCAACACAACCUCUCUGAUCCAAUUGAUCAGAAAACCUGCAGCCGUAUCGAUCAGGGAAAUGGAGACGAUAUUGACGCUGCUCAGUGUGAUUAUCUUAGUGAUUGUAAUCGCUGCGCUAAUGUCGUUGGCGUCAGAAAUGCGACAGAGGCUGACGUACUGAGAGAGGCGGAAAGAGAUGCAGAGAAAGAGAGGAAGAAGGUGAAGGAGAAGCAGGAGGAGUGGGAGAAGGAGUGGGUGAGGAGGAAGGAGAGAGAGGACAGGGAGAGGAGGAAGGAGAUAGAUUUCUACGCAGAAAAGAGGCCUCGUUUCCCCCACGCCCUCCCUCCGCAGUGCGUCCCCCUCCACGCUCCCCUCCUCCUCCCGCCUUCCUCCUCUUCCUCCUUCUCCUUCCGUCACACCAUCAUCCAGCAUCACCUCUCCCUCCUCCCGCCGCCGUCGCACCUCCCCGUCCACUCGUACCCUCACCUUCUCACCUCCUUCUCCCCACCUCUCACUCUUAAUCCUCCACCGCCUCCUCCUCCUCUUCAUCCCUCUUUCUACUCCUCAUCCCCCCACAUCCCGUUCCUGGAAGCCCCCGGUCCGUAUCCCUUAGCGACGGCGUUUCAUCCCAUGCAGAGUCACCACCACCACCACCACCCGUCUCUGUAUCCCCCGCAUCAUCCUGCAGUCCUGCCCUUACAGGUGUUGUUCUAACAAAUGCAUUAAAUACACUCAUUAAAGGUGCAUUCUCACAUUUUUCUAAGUUGUCUGGGUGAAAGCAGCUUGCACGUGUCAUUACCUGCAUACUCGACACGCGAGUGAAAACAAUUUCAAGUAGAAAAACAAUGCCGAUCUUUGUUGAAGCCAACCCCCCGGCAACCUCAUCACCUCGUCCAAAACACUCAAAGCACUGAUUCACACGUCUGAAAAAAAAAUGAUGGCUAAUUAUCUUCAUCAGUCGCAAUCCUGCUCCAAAUGAGCCUCAGGUGUGCAGCCAGUGGAGUCGCAGCGGCGGGGAAACACAGCUGGGCUCGUUUCCCCUCGGCAGAAAUCAGGCGACGCUCCUGUUUUGCAUUUUAAACCGAUGAUUUGCUCGGUUUUAACGCGUGUUGGAAACUAUGGUUUGUGACUUGUAAAGGACAAAUCCAUCAGAUAUCUUUCUGUCCUCCUGAGAGCUUCUACUUCAGUUGGUGAUUUCCUACUUUUCCCUGAAUGGCGUUGGAGACAGAUGUGAAGUCGUUGCUCUCAGCUGGAGGUUAUUAAGAGCUGAUGACCCGCUUGCCUUUUUAAGCUAGCCAUAUCCUCGGUUAGGAAGUCUGUUUUUCCCCAGUAGAGGGUUUCUAAAUGGUUGAAACAAGAUCCUGGGGUUUCCUGUCCAAAAUUAAUGUUAAAAAUGAAUAUAUCUACUACGUUACUGAGCGGUAAAAUGAUGAUUUUAACAAAGAAAAAACAAUCAUUUUGUCACAAACGUCUCUGAACAGCACUCGUACAUUCAACCUUAAAAAAGGCUCAAACUAGAUAAUAGUCGUGUCCUAAUUCCUUUCAACACACUAAUUAUGUGAUUAAAUUAAGUUCACUCAAAGAUGCCAGUAUGUAGGGAUGUCAUGAGAACCAAUACUUCAGUACCAAGCAAUGUCAAAAUUCUGAAAAUAGUACAACAGGUAUAGUAGGUAUCGUCAGGGUUCAAGAUUAAUGGUGUCCCGGCGUCCCGGGUUUGGGACCAUAAACUGUAUAUAAAAGUGGACGUAGUCACCGUGACGGACCAGAAGUAACACGAGGCGACCAAAUUGUUAGAGUUAACUUUCAUGAAGUGAAAACACACUGUGAAAGGGUUAAAGUUGUAAGACGAAAACAAAAACAACUCCCAGACCGGACAACGCCGUGGUAGCGACCUGUCAAUCACAAGGUAGCAUCCCC